UGUGAGGCAUGAAGACUAGAGCAAAAAGCGAGAGAGGACAUACCCCACGCGAAGAGCGUGCGCAAGGGCGAUCAGGACAGUAGCAAGUUCUUCGAGAACGGUUAACCAAUUCGAGGGUUGAAAAAUUGUCUACGAUGCGAUCGAAGACGCACACAUCGUGCAACAACUACAGCGUGCUUUUGUGAGACUCACUCAGAACAACUGCAACCGCCCGAGACUACGAUAGACUGUGUCAGUGCCGAAGACAGCCAGGUUCAUGCAAUGCUAGUGGGGUGGUUUGGUACCCCACACCGACACCUCCGAACCCGACUCCGCAACUUUACAUCCGUACCUGCAACCCUCGCCAUGGACAUCAAGAACCCACGACGCAUACUUGUAGUUGGAGCGCCAGGGUCUGGCGUACUCAGCGUUCUCAAAGAGCUCACAGGCUCUGCGCCAGAACCUACCACCUUCGAAGGGCAAGAAACUACUGCCGGCCUCUCGCACGAAUGGCACCUCGAAACCAAAUACUACACCGCCACGCUCCCGAUCUGGCUCGACGAGAUCACUUCCGUCCCCGAAUGGCGCACCGAGUUCACAAAGCCUGAAGCCCGCGAAGUUGUCACUGUGCUGGGGGGCUGGAUAUACUGCUUCAAAAAACCUGUAAGCACACAAGAUCUUGACGCCAUAAAAGACACCAUGCAGGCCAUCUCAGACGUCAUCGAGCGUGCGUGCGGAUACGCGGGGGACACUGUGUGUCUUGCGCUCGCUAUGCCGCAGUCCACGACGCCGUAUCUCGAGAAAUCGAGUGAAGAUUGGGAAGAAUUGUGCAUGGAGCACGGGUUCGAGUACGUUGAUUCUGAGGCGAAGGGCAAGAACGAAUUUGGUGAAGCGCUCGGCGUGCAGAGGGUCAGGGAGGCGCUUGAGGCCGGGGACUGGGAGGGCGUUGAUCCCGAUGUUGGCGGUGAUGUUGAGGAGAUCGAGGGGAGCUUUGCGGCGGAAGAGGCGGAGAUGAAUAUGGAGCUCUUUGGUAUCAAGGAUGCGCUGCACGGAGAUGGGGAGGGUGAGCUGGGGGAAAAGGAUGUUGAAGAGUUGGAAGUCCUGAUGAGGAAUAUGGUAGCCAUUAAAGAAAUGGGUAAGGGCAUGGAAGAAGCUGAGCGGAAACGCUUCGCUGCCAAGGCGGUUGACGAUCUCAUGAAGGAGCUGUAAGCAGCGUCGGUACAUUGUAGCUAUUUUAGUGAUCUCUGGAAUAAUGACACCCAUCACAUCAUGA